AUGUUCAGACAUGAAAUCCAGGGCAGAUGUCCUGUUACACCACAGAAAAUUCAAAUCCGUACUCAGACGCUGCCAGCGGACCAAUGUGCGUUGGAGAGGAUCCGGGUCGUAAUCAAUGGCUAUCGUAUAUCCUACCAUGAAACACAUGGCGAAUCCAGUGAAAGAUCCCGUUUCCGCCUCUCCGAGUCUCUUAGGCGAAAGAUGACUGCCCAAGUCCCAGUUUUAAGGGAAAAAGAAGAGUCAGGAAACCAGGGAACAGCUUUCACCAUGACAGAGCGAGAUCGUCUUGAUCUUCGUGGCCUACUCCCUCCAAAUGUUAUGAACGGCCAACAACAAAUUGAUCGGUUCAUGGUAGACUUGAAAAGGCUUGAAGUGCAAGCAAGAGAUGGACCAUCUGAUCCACAUGCUUUGACCAAGUGGCGGAUACUCAACAGGUUGCAUGACAGAAAUGAGACAAUGUAUUACAAGGUUUUGAUAGACAACAUUAAAGAAUAUGCACCUAUUGUGUAUACACCAACUGUUGGUCUUGCUUGCCAGAACUAUAGUGGCUUAUUUAGAAGGCCAAGAGGGAUGUAUUUCAGCGCAGCAGACCGUGGAGAAAUGAUGUCAAUGGUUUAUAAUUGGCCAGCCGAACAGGUUGAUAUGAUUGUGGUAACAGAUGGAGGGAGAAUAUUGGGUCUUGGAGAUCUUGGUGUUCAGGGGAUCGGAAUUGCAAUUGGGAAGCUGGAUUUAUAUGUUGCUGCUGCUGGGAUAAAUCCACAGAGGGUGCUUCCUGUGAUGAUUGAUGUUGGAACUAACAAUGAGAAGCUCCUGAAAGACCCUCUCUACCUGGGGUUGCAAGAACAUCGCCUUGAUGGUGAGGACUACCUUUCAGUUAUUGAUGAAUUUAUGGAAGCUGUUUUUACUCGUUGGCCCCAUGUGAUUGUACAGUUCGAGGAUUUUCAGAGUAAGUGGGCCUUCAAGUUAUUGCAGCGCUAUAGAUAUACCUACCGUAUGUUUAAUGAUGAUGUUCAGGGAACCGCAGGGGUAGCUGUAGCAGGUCUUCUAGGAGCUGUAAGAGCACAAGGAAAACCAAUGAUAGAUUUUCCGAAGCAAAAGAUAGUCGUUGCUGGUGCUGGAAGUGCCGGAUUAGGAGUUGUAAAUGCUGCAAGAAAAACCAUGAAAAGGAUGCUGGGUAAUAAUGAGUCUGCUUUUGAGAGUGCACGGAGUCAAUUUUGGGUGGUUGAUGCCAAGGGACUGAUUACGGAGGGGCGUAAGAAUAUUGAUUCAAAUGCAGUGCCAUUUGCAAGAAAGGUGAAGGAGGUUGAGCAUCAAGGACUAAGAGAGGGGGCAAGCCUCACUGAAGUGAUCAAAAUAGUAAAGCCUGAUGUGUUGCUUGGCUUAUCUGCAGUUGGGGGCUUGUUCUCUAGUGAGGUUUUAGAAGCCAUGAAAGGUUCAACUUCAACUAGACCAGCAAUUUUUGCAAUGUCAAACCCUACUAAAAAUGCUGAAUGCACCCCGGAAGAAGCAUUCUCCAUUGUGGGUGACAAUGUCAUAUUUGCAAGUGGAAGUCCAUUCAAAGACAUGGAUCUUGGAAAUGGUCGAAUAGGCCACAGCAAUCAGGGAAACAACAUGUACCUCUUUCCAGGGAUUGGGCUAGGAACUCUUCUAUCUGGCUCACGCAUCAUCUCUGAUGGCAUGCUACAGGUUGCAGCAGAAUGCUUAGCUGCAUAUAUGAAAGAAGAAGAUGUUCUCGAAGGGAUGAUAUAUCCUUCAAUAUCGAGCAUACGAGAUAUAACAAUAGAAGUAGCUACAGCCGUGGUAAAAGAAGCUAUAAGAGAGGAUCUAGCAGAGGGAUACCGGGACAUGGAUAGCCGAGAGCUCCAAAAAUUAAAUGAGGAGGAAAUUGUGACAUAUGUAAAGAACAACAUGUGGAAUCCAGCCUAUCCAACGUUAGUAUACAGAAAGGAAUGAAGUUUUUUUUUUUUUUGGUAAGAAAGGAAUGAAGUUCUUUGCGGCCAUUCAUCAGGGAAGACAACGUCAUGGUGAUAACAAAUAUUGAUAGGGAUAGGGAUUGUGGGUUUGUGUGUGACCCAAUCUAUUUUUUAUUUUUUUAUUUUUUUUAAGGUAAAUAUAAUUUCAUUGACUGAAAAGGAUAUUAAAUUUUAUAAUAAAUACAUUGGUCAAAUUAAUUUUUACAAAA